CUAUAAACACUACUGUAUUAGGCUUAUCCUGAGCGCUCCCAAAUUGUGUUCCAGUUGGCGGCCUUUUGGUCACCACGCAACUCUCCAGAAACUUUUUCACGAUGGUGCUGAGGUGGCAUGAUCGAGCUAUCAAGUUCACAACUCAGAGGCGACGAUGGCCUACCUAGUGCCGACAAGAGCACCAUCUCAAGCUCGAACCAAACCUUGGAAGCGAUUACACAACAACUGGAGAAGGAAACGAGCAACACUGACGACCCAUCGAAACAUGCACUCAAUUCGGAACCGUCUGUUCAAACCAACCAGUCUCUCGAUGAAAGGGCGGACGAGGCAGACCAGUCAAAGCACAGUAAACAUCUCGAUGAGUUGAUCUGCUGCAAUGACGAAGCAUCGAGGAAUACAUCUGGUUCAGGACAAUCACUGCCAACUCAGUCACUACCUGCGUACGAGGAGCUAGAACAGCCGGUCCAGGACGGAAACAUCAACGAAAGGCCGGGCAAAAAUGAAAGUCAACUAUUGGAUGCUGAGCUGUCAGAAGAGGCCGGAGCCUUGGAAACCACUGAAACUCAAGAGACCACAAUCAAUUCGCCCCUCAUUCAUGAUUUGGAUUACAGCUAUCGGCCGUUGUCAACUCCAGACUCCACCCGUGUUCUCGUUCUCUUUCCGGCUGAGAGAACAAAAGACGACCUACGAUGUCAUAUGGAUGAGAUCAGGCUCCCUGAUGCCGAGAAUAAGGGCCAAGGCUUCACGGCCCUCUCAUACGUGUGGGGUUCAGACGAAGCUUUCCACGCGAUCUGGUUCGGAAACCAUCUUCUCCGGAUUAGGCCGAAUCUGGACUCAGCGCUUCGAAACCUUCGCCGUCGAGACCGAUCAAUCCGCCUAUGGGUGGACGCUGUGUGCAUUGACCAGAGUGACCUUAUUGAACGGAAUCACCAGGUCCAGCAGAUGCGAGACAUCUUCUCAGCCGCCUCAGAAACAGUCAUUUACCUUGGGCCUCAAGAUGGUGGCAACACCGGCUACUCGGCCUGGAACUUUCUGGAGCGACAUAGCUUGUGGGCCCUAGACGAGAACAGAAAUGUUGACCGAAACGUGGCUGCGCGCUUGGAAAAACAUUUGAUCCACUUCAGAGGAGAACUCAAAGAUGUCGAGCUCGACGUACUGUCAAGAUCAUGGUUCCGAAGACUGUGGGUGUUCCAGGAGGCAGUUGUUUCAAGGUCACUGUCUCUUCAAUGUGGCAACCGACGAAUUUCCUGGGACGACUUUUCCAAAAUACUCCUCCCCUUGCCCCGAACUCAUGACCGUUAUGGCUUCAGUCUCCAGGACAACCACAAGCUUGACAUUGUUCGAGAUAUCGAUAUUUCUCGCAGGGAUUAUCUACGACAACGUGGCCUGGAUCACUACUUACCGUCCUGGCAACUGCACAAGACCUGGAGUCCCUCACAGGGGGGCAUGAGCAUCCUUUCCAUGCUCUCCAGGGCACGUUAUCUAGAGGCUUCAGACCCGCGAGACAAGAUUUACGGCCUGGUGGGCAUCUCUACCGGUAUCAAUGCAGCACAUCCGAGAUUUGCAAUUGACUAUCGACUGAGCGUACGUAAGGUAUACGUCAAUUUCGCGCGGAACCACAUUGAGGAUACGAAAUCAUACGACAUAUUCUCAUACGCGGAUUCUGCUACCGAAUCUCUUGUGAAUUCCGACUCAUCCAAACGGUCGUCCAUGCUGCCAUCUUGGGUACCAAAUUGGCACUACCAGAACUACAUAUCGUAUGGAAGCAACAGGACCAUUCUAGAGACACUUCCAACGGAGACGCCAACGGAAAAGAAAGCCCGCCAGAACCGAGUGGCCGAUGGUUACUACCCUGUUUCCAUGGGUCGGGAUGCGAAAACAAUGGUCGUGCCGGGCCGGAUCAUCGGGCGUAUCGAGCGCUACACCCUGCCUCUCCGCCUGCUUGGCAUGACGGAGGUCCAUUUUCAAGACGCGAGGAACAGCAUCAGAGACAAGAGCCGGCGAUUCAGUUCCAUUAUGAAUAUUUGGAAGAACAAUUUAUACUUUGAUACGGUUGCCCUGGGACCACAGGAAAUGGAGGUGCCACUCAAGAGCCCAGCAGGCGGGGAGAUACCAGCGAUCGUCAGCCCCCCACGCGCAAGAGCUUUUGCCUCCCACAUCCAGGAGGCCAGGAUGAGGGAUUCAAACUCGGUGGAACACCACCUAUACGCGAGAGCCCGGCAGACUGCAGGCUGGUCUGACGGGACCAACAAGGCCGCAUAUGUUGUUACCGACAAGGAGUCCAUAGUCGACGGCAAGAGACUCGCCAUCUGCGCGAUGGAGACAGAAGGCGUGCGCCAGCUAGCUCUCGUGCCGUCAAUGGCGCAUGAGAUGGACUUUGUCAUCCAGAUCAGCGGAUGCCGCGUGCCCUUCGUCGUCAAGGCUACCCCGGGUGUUGCUUGGCCAGGGGAGACACAUGCAGUUGAUCCUGCCCGGUAUGCGGACCGUUUCAAGCAGAUGACGACUUGCCAAAUAGUGGGUGAGUGUCUACUCAACGACUUCAAAGAGCUUCCUGAGGACAAAAUGAACACCGUGUUUAUCAUCGUGUAGGCUGCACAGUGGUCCUGGCGGCUGUCGUGAGGGGGAGGAGGACAUGAUGCCAGGCAUUAUGGACCGAGCCUUGGAAGAAUAACAUUGAAUUUCCAAGGCCACCUAAAAGGACAGAGCAGAUCAAGCGAUUCUAGAUCACGCUCUGCAUGUACGUGACCAGGGACGAUGGAUCAACUUUAGAAAACCUUGGGCACAUCCCAAGGUCCAUCACAUACAGUAUCUAACCAAACCAGCUAUAUUUGAAAAACAAAUAAAUAAACGGAAGUGGAGAUUUUGUGAAACAGCUCCCACA